UCCUCACGGUUUGGGUGCCUCCCUGUCCCGAUUUCCCAAACAUCCUUCUGUUCUGUAGAUAGGAAGCCUGGCAUAGAAACUCAAUGCACUCGGUAAAGCUUCGUUGAUGUGUGAUGAAUAUUAACUCAGACAAGUGUUUAGAAUGAUAGAAUUUUAUUUCAAUACUCAUUACUUCGUUCAGUGAUAUUAUACCAGUGUUCAAUGAGCCAUCAGGAGUAAAUGGGAAUGAGGAACGUCAAGUGAUAGUUUAAAUUAUUGGAAGGAGGUCGUAGGAUGACCAGAUAGAAGGGAAGAAUGCAAAGAAGAGCCGCAACCCUCAGUAAUGUUGUCACAGCAUGCACUCAUCCAUCAACUGUUUUAUAUCCGUAUCAACUGGAAAAGGUGAAAUUUGGUGUAUCCCUAGACGAAGUAUGCAAGAACGACAUUCCUGGCCCCCUUUUAGUUUUAAUUUUGAAAUUGAACAAAGAAGCACCUGCAAAGAAAGAUGUUUUCAGAGCUCCCGGUCAUCAAGGGAGCAUGAAACAGCUGAUACAUUUCCUCCAGACUGGUCGGUUGAUGAACAUGGAGAACUACUCCGUCUAUACCAUAGCGUCAGUACUCAAAAAAUUUCUAAGAAAACUUCCCAAUGGAAUCUUCGGCCGUGCAGGUGAACAAAAAUUGUUUUCAGUUGUGACGGAAGUCACAGACCCCCAAGAACAAAAUGAGCUUAUUAACAAAUUAAUUACAUCGCUGCCCCCGUAUACUCAAAGACUUUUAGUUCUACUCUUCGGUACAUUCCGUGUGAUCGCAAUUAAUUCUGAGCGUGCUCAAACCGGUAUGACCUCAGAAGCUCUCGGGGUGUCAGUCGCACCUAGUUUCUUCCAAACCUGCGUCAGUGAUGGAAAAACUGCCAAGAUGGAGGAUGUGUUACGGUUCAAAACUGCUACUCAGAUCACCAAAUUUUUAAUCGACAACUUUGGAGCCCGUAAUUUAUUUGGACGAGCAAAUUACGAGUUUUAUGCCAGAAUAACAGGCAGGAUCUUGAAAGUUGAAGAUGAAUGGAUUUACAGCUGGUAUCCAUCUAGUGUUCUACCUCGUAUGGCCCACCAAGAAGAAAGUCACUCAACCCCAGCAUUCAUUGGAUCUCCUGAAUGUCAACUGAAUUUCCCACUCCAUUGCAACCCUCCAGGCGGUCAUGAAAAUAUCCUCCUUGAAAAUUGCGCCAGAUUGUCACUCAGCUUAGGAGAGAACGGACUUCUCAAGGAGCAGUGCUGUCGCUCCUCAUCAAGUAAAGCGGCUGCAAACCAUCACAUGACAAUGGAAGAGCUUAAAGCUGUAAAUCGUUAUGCUGAAAGUACAAAAAGCCUUUCCUAUUUGCCAAUGGUCCAUGAAAGACAGACUGCCAGAAUGAGAACGCGUUCCGAGUGGUUUCUUAAUCCCUGUGAGCAGAUGUUCCACUUCGAUGUUGACAGUGAUCCUGCAUCCCUUAAUAUUCUCAAAGGAGCAAACUACGUUUGCCCUGCGACUAAUGCUGGACUGAGUGCAAGCGCUGAAUCUGUGAGCAAGAGGCCCAGCAUCCGUAGAACUUCAAGUAGAACACAUUACAGUCGUGGAACUUUAUAUGACAAAGAGAACGGUACGGACACCAAAAAAGCCGUUUCAAGACAGCCAUCUAAUGCAGCUGAUUCACAAGACUGUACCUCCAGUGAGUCUCUAGAUUCAACAGGCCAAAAACUAUUGGUAAAUCUUUCCUAUAAACCUCGAAUUUAAAAUCACAACUCACCUUUUUUUUCGCCAACCCAUCUCUUCUAGUAUUUUAUUCGCUUCUGUAUUCAUCCUAUAUCAGAACCAAUGUUCUAAAAAAUUUUUACCAUACUUUUGUUGAUCUGUUAAAUGGAAUUCUACAGAAAAGAAAUAAUCUAAUUUCCAUAGAAAAUGAAGAUAGCUCGUCUAGAAUAAAAGCAGGGCCAACUUUCAUUUAACACAUCUCAGUAAAAAUUUGUAUUUCAAAAAUCAGCUCUAUAAUUGAGUUCUUUCUUGUAGAAUCCAAUCGUUUAUAGCUUAUUCAGGUAAUCUUAAUCCAAAUAAUUGUUGGAGUUAUGACGUAAAUUAAAAUAUUUCAAGUUGACGACUAAAUUCUUUAUUAGAAAAGCAAUCAAAGGAAUGGAAAUGAAUUGUUACGAUCAUUGUUUGAAAACACUUCCGGGGGAAUGUAAAAAAUUGACAUAAAUGCUCUCUGAGUAAGCUGGACUAACUGGAGCAUUCUUUAAUCAAUGGUCUCUAAAUUUAGUUUUUUAAAAUUCCUUUUUGUAUGGAAAAAUGGGGUGUGGGGCGAGUAAAGUAAAGAAUAAUUAUCUUCGCACCUAAAAUAUCUCUUUCAUGGUUCAAAUGCCUCUAAAGUCUUCUUUGUCAAUUUUCAAGUCCUCGUCUGUUGAAAAAUCAAAGAUCAUUGUAGUAGUGGUACAGAGCGUUAUAUCCGUCAACUAUCUUUACUUUUUUUCAAACGCGCAUCAUUUUUUUAUUAUUUUCUCUGGAUUAAUAUUUUAAGCCCUACACAGUACUUCUUUUUGUGUUCUAUUUCGUCAUGCCCCAUGGUAGAAUCCAGCUCUCUGUUGUGCCACAGCGAUAGGCCUUUUAGUUUUUACACUCAAUUUUCUGCUAGUUAUUGCUUUCAUGGAUUCUGGUUUUAUUCGUGCUUCCUCUCACAUUCUCAAAAUAUUAUUAUUUUACCUGGCUUAUUGCAUUUAUUUUUUUUUAAAAUUUUGAUCCAGCCACAUUAACCACACAUUUUAAAAGUUCAACAGUAAUGAGAGAAAAUUGCAUUCUCUUCCAUUCGUUGAACUUUUUUAGCCUGAAACUUCUUUUUCAUUAUUCAGUGGCACCUGAAUCUACAAUGCAACAUAUUGAGAGUUCAAGAGAAAAUAGAGGGGCCCAUUAAACUUUUUAUCUAGAAUUUGACAACUCAGAUUUGCAGGGACGUUCAAUAAUGUUUAAUUGGAUGAAACUUUAUGAUGUGUAGGUUCUUUCAGGUGUCCGAAAUAUGUUUUUAGUCUGAUAAAAUUUUGAAAUAAGUAUGCAUUCCACUUAUGCAUUUAAUAACAAACAAAACAAGAAAAUGACUUGUUUGAAGUAGCUAGAUGAUGUACAUGAUUUUGCGAAUGUAGUUUGCAGUUGUUAUAUUUAGUAAUUUUGAAAUUCUAUUUUACUGAAAGUGAUCCCCCCCCCCUCUCCAUUGUAAAUUCAACCCCAGAACUAUUGACUCAAAUCUCUCUCUUACGGUACCUGUCACCAAAAGAAAUUCUUAAUUAUUUUACUCAUUCACCUUUUUACCAAUGAUGGACCACCAGACAAGGUGAGAACUCAAGCAUUUUUUCAUCAAAAUUUCUUGUGGAACACGAUUUUUACCGAAAAUUACUGAAAGUAUCUCCUAACCAAGAUGUUACCGUUUUUCGAAGCAUGAAUUCCAACUUCCUGCUCAUGAAAUAAACCAUUACUCUUUUUAGUUAAAUCACACUUUAAUAAAUGUUACUGCAACAGUCUUAGCAAUCUGAAAAUAUGACAACCUCAAUCCCAGCACUUUGGCUCAGUUAUUGCAUGUUGUUUACACUUUGGACAACACAAGGCAGUGAAGGAACACAGCUCAUUGAGAAGCCUGCCUAAACUAUUUUAGUACGCGAUUUGAUUCAAGUAGACUCUGGUUCUUCUUGUGGAUGGAAAAUUCAAAUUUUUCGUAACCAAUGUUGAAUGAAAACGGUACUAACUUGGUUAGAAGUUCAUGUCAGUAAUUUUCGUUAUGCAAAUUGUGUUCUACAAGAAAUUUUGGAGGCGAAACAUGUAUCAGAAUGCUUAAAUUUGUACCUUGUCUUGUGAUCCAUUCGUGAUGAUCUUUGCAGCUUGACUCAUUAUGUAUCCAAUUCGAUAGAUUUUUUAUUUUCUCGGAGUCAUGUCAAACUUGGCGCACAAAGACUAUCAAAAGUAAAAUUAAUU